AGCGACACUGACGAAGAUUUCAACAUUCCUUCCGAUUCUGGGGAUGAAUCAGACGGAUAUGUUCCUGAACAACCACAGCCCAAAAAGCGUAAAAUUGCAGCUCAACCUAGAAAAACAGCUUCAAAAGCUGCAAAGGCAUCAAGCGAAUCUUCAGAUGGAUUAAUUGAAUCUCCAAGCUCAACACCAGUGAAAGCUGCAGCACCAAAAAAGACACCGGCACCAAAAAAGACGCCUGCGCCAAAAAAGACGCCUGCGCCAAAAAAAACCGCAGCAGGAGCCAAAAAGAAAGCUCAAGAAUCAAAUGUAGAUGAAGAGGAUGUCAUGAUUGUAGAAAGUUCUCCAUCAACUCAAUCUACUAGCAAUGCUCCUGAUCGAGCCGUAGAAGAGAUCUAUAAGAAGAAAAGUCAACUAGAACAUAUUCUUUUGCGACCAGAUACAUAUAUUGGAACAGUUGAACCAGAAGAACAAGAAAUGUGGAUUUUCGGUGCCGAAGAUAAAAUUGAGAAAAAGAAGAUUAAGUAUGUACCUGGUUUAUACAAAAUUGUAGAUGAAAUUUUGGUCAAUGCAGCUGAUAAUAAGAUUCGCGAUCCUACAAUGAAUACCAUUAAGGUCGUUAUUGACCGCGCCCAGAACUUCAUUUCAAUUCAAAAUAACGGCAAGGGUAUUCCUAUCUUGAUACAUAAAGACGAACAAGUAUAUGUACCGGAGCUUAUAUUUGGCCACCUUCUCACCUCUUCCAACUAUGAUGACACCGAGAAAAAAGUAACUGGUGGACGAAACGGUUAUGGUGCCAAGCUUUGUAACAUUUUCAGUACAGAGUUUACUGUUGAGACCGCAGACAAAGAGCAAAAGAAGAAAUACUUCCAGGUGUUCAAAAACAACAUGUCUGUCAAGAGCGAACCCAAGAUCACAGCAAACACAAGGGGGGAGGAAUAUACCCGAAUUUCAUUCAAACCCGACCUGUCAAAGUUUGGCAUGACUGAGAUGGAUGAAGAUUUUACUGCUCUGAUUAAAAAGCGUGUUUAUGACAUGGCUGGUACAGUGGAUGGAAUCAAUGUAUAUUACAACGGUACAAAAAUUCCCGUCAAGGGAUUCAAACAGUACGUUGAACUUUACACCGACUCAAUGGAAAUCAGAAAUGCGGAAGGAAAAAAGCCUAUCAUACAUGAUAUUCCUUCUGAACGCUGGCAAGUUAGUUUUGCUGUUAGUGAUGGUCAAUUCAAUCAAGUCAGUUUUGUCAACAGUAUCUCUACUCCCAAGGGUGGAACCCAUGUAAACCAUGUAGCCGAUCAGCUGGUUAAGGGUCUUAUGGCAGACGUUCAGAAGAAGACUGGCAACAAAAAUAUCAAACCUUUCCAGAUCAAGAACCAUAUGUGUAUAUUUGUUAAUUGCCUUAUAGAAAACCCUACUUUUGAUUCCCAGACCAAAGAAAACAUGACUCUUAAAACGAGUGCCUUUGGAUCGACUUAUCAAGCAUCUGAAAAAUUUAUUUCUGCUGUUUCAAAGUCGGGCAUUAUUGAUAAUAUUGUCAAAUGGGUAAAAUAUAAGGAGGAUACACAAAUGAUUAAGGCCGACAGUGGCAAAAUGACAAAACGUUUGAAUAUCCCCAAGCUUGAAGAUGCCAAUUGGGCUGGUGUGAAGCCAAAGAACAAACGAUGCACUUUGAUUUUAACUGAAGGAGACUCUGCCAAAGCAUUAGUAAUGAGUGGUUUGUCUGUAGUAGGUCGUGAUGAGUAUGGUGUAUUCCCUCUCCGGGGUAAACUUCUCAAUGUUCGAGAUGCAUCAGCCACUGCGAUAAUGAGCAAUGCCGAAAUUACCAAUGUCAAAUCUAUCCUUGGACUCAAACAUGGUCAAAAGUACACUUCGAGUGAUGAGCUUCGUUAUGGAAAAUUGAUGAUCAUGACUGAUCAGGAUCACGAUGGCUCACAUAUCAAGGGUCUAUUGAUUAACUUUAUCGACCAAAUGUUCCCAAGUCUGUUGGAUAUUCCUGGAUUCCUGUUGGAAUUCAUUACACCUAUUAUUAGAUGUACCCACAAAAGAACUAAGGCACGUAAGACGUUCUUCACUAUCCCAGAAUAUGAGAAUUGGGCCCUUGAGAACAACGUUAACAAAGAGUGGAUUCCUAAAUACUUCAAGGGUCUGGGUACUUCUGAUCGUAACGACGCGAGAGAGUAUUUUGGAGAUCUUCCUACCCACGUUAAAGAAUUCCAAACAGCAGAUGAAGAUGACCGAAAGUUAAUUGAAAUGGCUUUUGCUAAAAAGAAGGUUACUGAUCGUAAAGAAUGGCUUUCAACCUAUGAGCCUGGUAUUUUCAUCGAUCAUAAUGUCCAAAAGAUCAAAAUUUCGGACUUUGUCAACCGAGAGCUUAUGCUAUUUAGUAUGGCGGACAAUAUUCGCUCUAUCCCAUCAUUAGUGGAUGGCUUUAAGCCUGGACAACGCAAAGCCUUCUUUGGUACAUCUAAGCGUCCAAAUAACGCUGAAGUUAAGGUUGCGCAGCUUGCUAAUCAUAUUGCCGGAAAAACACAUUACCAUCACGGUGAAACAAGUAUGGCAUCCACUGUCAUUGGUAUGGCUCAAGAUUUCACUGGAACAAACAAUGUCAAUCUGUUCUUUCCUGCCGGUCAGUUUGGUACCAGAAUCGAUGGUGGAAAAUCUGCUGCAAGCCCUCGUUACUUGAACACAAGAUUAGAGAAGAUAGCCCGCUACGUAUUCCACCCUGAUGAUGACCCCAUUCUUGAUUAUCUUACUGAAGAGAAUAAUUCUAUUGAGCCCAGAUGGUAUAUUCCUAUUCUUCCCAUGGUAUUAGUUAAUGGAGCAGAUGGCAUUGGAACUGGAUGGAGUACAAGUAUUCCUAACUACAAUCCAAUUGAUAUCGUCAACAACCUCCAUAGGCUUAUGGAUGGCGAAGACUUGGUUGUAAUGAGACCAUGGUUCCGAGGAUUCCAGGGAGAAAUCUUCCCAGGUGCGGAUGGAAGAUUUACUGUCAAUGGUAUUGCUGAAAUUCAAGCUGAUGGUAACAUCAAGGUGUCGGAAUUACCAGUUAGAUUCUGGACCGACUCUUUCAAAGAACAUCUAGAGAGUCUGCGAGAUCCUAAAGAAAAGAAGUUUGAUAUAGCUAUUAUGGAUUACAAUAACAACUCGACUGAUUGUACUGUUGACUUUACUAUCAUGUUGGAUGGUCCUAACCUUGAAAAGGCUCAUACUAUUGAUCUAUUGAAGGUUCUUAAGAUGACCACAUCUAUAUCUACAAGCAAUAUUGUGUGCUUUGAUAGAAAUGAAAAGAUUAAGAAGUACGCUUCCCCUGAAGAAGUCAUACGCGAGUUUUACGACUUGCGCUUAGAAUAUUAUCAAAAGAGAAAGGAUAACUUGAUCUCAAUUUUGGAAGACAAUUACGUGCGCGCAGACAACAAGGCCCGAUUUAUUCAACUGGUUAUUGAUAAAAAAUUGGUUUACAUUGAUCGUAAGGAAGAAGACGUUAUUGCUGAUAUGGAGAAGAACGGGUUGGAAAAAAUAUAUGCAAAGAAGAAAAACGUAUUGGUUGUGAAUGAAGAAGAAGAUACUCCUACUCCAGAUGCUAGUAAAGAAAACAAUACUGGAUAUGAGUAUCUCUUCGACAUAAACGUGCGUGGAUUCACUGUCAAGAAGGUUCAAGAACUCUUGAAAUACAGACAAGCUAGAUUGGAAGAAGUAGAGGCUACCAAAGCUACAAGCUUGCAUGAAUUCUGGAAAAGAGAUCUAAAGGAAUUCACAAAACAAUGGGAAGAGCUUCUUGAGAAAGAUAAGGAAAUGCUGUCAAAGAACAAACCAAAGGCACCAUCUUCAAACACAAAGCGUAAAAGAAUUGUAAAGCCAAAGCCAAAGAAGAUUGAGAGUGAUUCUGAAUAAAAUAUAUGAGGCUGUAUCAAAAUAUUGAACAUGUUUUACUUUAAAUAUAACAGAAUCAAAAGCAAGUUUCUCU